AUGAACUAUUUAUUAUUCGUUUCGUGUCUAUUUGCUGUUUGUUUGGCUGCUACUUAUGGUCAAUUCUUUCCAACAUCAACUGGUCGACCAACUCAUCAUCAUACAGCAUCAACUCAUCGUCAUACAGCAACAACCCAUCGUACAACUGGUACAACUCCAACUAGUGCAUUAUCAUGUGUUUGUUCAUGUUGUUCUGGUUUUCGUUGUCAACCAGUUUUUCUUCGAUCAUUUGGUGAUGCAACAUGCGUAACUGAAGCAUGUAAAGAUAAAUGUAAAGUUUUCGAACCAGAAUAUUGUGAUCAUGCAGUUUUGGGUGUCAAUGAUGCUUAUUGUGCUAUGCUUGGUUAA